AAAAAUAAAUCGAAGGAACCAAAAAGACACACCAUUUCUUCCAAGUCCAACAAGGCACGUAUAUGAAAACGAAAGCUUGUUUUGAUUUUGCUAAGGGUAAUCAAAAGGGUCAUCAGAUCAGAUUACCCACAAACCAGUGAAAGAUAUUGACUCAUCAUCAUUCAUUCUACACUGAGUCCUAUCCUUUUCCCCUUUUCCUUGCCUUGUUCCAUUUUUUUUCUUUGUUCUCUCUCUCUUUUAUCGAUUUAUCACCACCACAAAGAAAUCAUGUACAACAGGAAUUUAGAGAGAUAGCUAGUUAGCUUGCUUUGAAAAUUCCAUCUAUAUAUAUAACAUAUCCAUCAAGGGAAGUUCUUUCUCUCUUUAGUCUUCUUCUUCUUCUUCAUUCAUAACCAUUUUUUUGUUCCAAUUUCAAUAUACUUUUUCAUAAUUCAUAUCAGAGAAUAGCAAGUGAUCAAUAGAGUUAAGGGCAGGCCGAGCGGAGAGUACGGAUAUAAUUAUUAUGUGUGCAAAGAAAGAAGAAUAUCAAGGAGACUAUCCUCGACCUAUCCAUAACCUACAAGCUUCCCAACAACACCACCAACUACACAACGAUGAGUUAUUUGGAGCAACUACGGGAGGGUUGGUAUUCCCUCAACUACCUUGGUCUUUCCCACCGGUUCACGCUCUCAGUCCAAUCCAGUACUUCACCGGAAACCCGGUUCAGGACCAUGUCCACGACUCUUUUCUAGUCCCCCCUCCAUCAUCAUCAUACGGGGGGUUAUUUACCCCAACAGCUCCUCCUGCCGCUGCCCUACAGUUUGCAUACGAUGGUGCCCCAUCAGUUAAUCGCCUGAGGAUCUUAUCCGACAGUUUUGGAGCUGUUGGCUCAGCUCCUUUGGGGCUACAAGCUGAGUUAGGUAAGAUGACCGCUCAAGAAAUCAUGGACGCUAAGGCUAUGGCUGCUUCUAAGAGUCACAGUGAAGCUGAAAGGAGAAGAAGAGAACGAAUCAACAACCAUCUCGCAAAGCUACGCAGCUUACUCCCAAGCACCACCAAAACGGACAAGGCUUCACUGCUUGCGGAAGUGAUCCAACACGUGAAAGAGCUUAAACGGCAAACGUGUUUGAUAGCAGAAACAAGUCCGGUACCGACCGAAACCGAUGAACUAACGGUGGAUACAUCGGACCAAGAUGGUAAGUUCGUGAUAAAAGCUUCGCUUUGCUGUGAAGAUAGGUCCGAUCUUUUGCCUGACCUAAUCAAAGCAUUGAAAGAUUUACGUCUCAAAACACUGAAAGCUGAGAUCACGACGCUGGGCGGGCGUGUCAAGAAUGUACUCUUCAUUACCGGAGAGGAACAAGAAUCGAGCUGUAGCAGUGAUGGUGGUGACGUUAUUGGUUCAAUACAAGAAGCAUUGAAAGCGGUGAUGGAGAAGAGUACUUGUGGGGAUGAAUCUAAUUCUUCAGGGAAUGUUAAGAGACAACGAACCAACAUCAGUACUGUUCUUCAACGCAGGUCUCUUUAACUUAUUACAAAAGGGCCUUGAUCGACAACUUCAUUUUUGUGUGUGUGUGUUUUAGUUUAUGUGUUUCUACAAGUAGAACAAAAUAGAUGAUGAUGAACAUGAUAAUCCAAGGUCUGUCGUUUGUGUGCUUAAAAGAAUGGGUUCAAUUAAAGAAGAAAUAAAUCCAGAAACUGGUUGGUUCUAGGUUUGGUGUGGUGAUGCUAAGUGAUGGGAAAGAGAAGGAGAGAGAGCUGACGUUUGAAAUAAACCCUAAUGUGACUUUUAACAAUAGAUAGUAUAAGGUCAAAUUCUGGGUUUUGUCCUUCUGCUAUGUUGAAAUUCGGAAUUUAGUUCUUGCUCUUUAAA